GUGGAAGCAAAAGCAGUUAAGACAGGGUUUCUUUUUCUUUUUUGUAUAUGAGACCUCAGGCUACAGCAGCAGUCACCGCAGAUACUGAACCUUUAGAUACACAUGCAGGAAAGAAGCAGAAGGAUGAUUAUUUUUUACCUGAGAGAAACCCUUAGUUGCUAAUGGCACAUUUGGUACAAAGGAAACAUUCAUUCGGUGCAACAUUCAUCAGAAAAAAUAUGUGUCGGCCAGACCUUGUCAUCAGAAUAAUGGCCUCAGAAGAACAGUGUUGGCCAGUCCCAAUGAAGGCGAUUGGAGCCCAGAACCUACUGACAAUGCCCGGAGGGGUUUCCAAGUCUGGAUACCUACACAAGAAAGGAGGCACGCAGCUGCCAAUUAUGAAAUGGCCACUGAGGUUUGUGAUUAUCCAUGAGGGAUGUAUUUACUACUUUAAGAGCAGCACAUCUGCAUCUCCACAGGGUGCUUUCUCUCUAAAUGGGUACAACAGGGUUAUGCGGGCAGCUGAGGAGACAACAUCAAGCAAUGUGUUCCCUUUCAAGUUGGUUCACAUUAGCAAGAAGCACAGAACCUGGUUCUUUUCUGCCUCCUCUGAAGAUGAAAGAAAGAGCUGGAUGCUCUCACUGAGGAGGGAAAUAGAUCAUUAUCAUGAGAAGAAGGAAACAAUAGUAGAGUUCAGUGAUUCUGGUUCUGAUGCAGACAGUUUCUAUGGCUCAGUUGAACGUCCUGUUGAUAUCAAAUACUCUCAUCAUUCCACAGAAAAUGAAGACUAUGACCAGGAAGAGGAUGAAGAAUCUUACUUGCAACCAGAUACUUCAGACUUGUUGAAACCAGAUGAUAACAUGGUCCUCCCACCAGCCUACCCACCACCACCAGUUCCUCACAUCAGAAAAGCUGCUUACACAGAAUCGAGGGCACGCUCUUUUCCUGGCAAAUCCACUGGGCCCCAACUUCCUCCUCCUCCUCCACCUAAAAGAAGCUUGCCCGAUAUAAAAUCUGAGGACUUCUUGCACAUGAGGGAAUCCCAGCUGCACUGCAGAGCUGAGCCUAAUCUCAAGAUGCAGCCAUCAAACAGGAGGAUGAGCGAUGCGCCGCCACCUCUUCCCCCCAUACCUCAUUUCAAAAAGGGUGCCUUCAACAAAGACAGCUGUUCACCAUCACCAGAACCUCUGCCUAUUGGCCAUGUUUUUGCCACUCCAGAAGGAUGUGAGAAACUCAAAAGUUUAAGCCUUUCCCAAUUGACCCCACCUCCAUUACCAGGCAACAAACCCAAAAUAGCGCAUUUGUCUGAGAAGCCAAUUGAGAUCAAAGUGCCCAAAGAACUUGGCAAGCCUGGACUGUUUGUGCCACAAGUGCUGCCUAAGCCGCCUUUACCCAGCCAUCCGCCACCUCUGCCUGGCCACCCUCCAUCCCUAUUUGGCCACCAGCUGCCUGUGCCCGGCCAUCCGCCACCCAUACCUGGAAUCAAACCUAAACCAGAGAAGGCUGUGCUUCCUCAGUUACAAUCACCACCAGAUGGACAAAGUUUCCGUAGCUUCUCAUUUGAAAAACCAGCUAUAACCUCAAAGCAAAACCACUCUGAAGAAGAUUCUGAUGAAGACUAUGAAAAAGUUGAGCUGCCUAAUUCAAUAUUUGUUAAUACUUCUGAAUCUACUGAUGUUGAAAGGAUGUUCAAAACUACCAGUCCAAGAGGACAGCCCCAAAAUGGAUUAUAUUGUAUUCGGAAUUCAUCUACCAAGCCUGGAAAGGUAUUGGUUGUAUGGGAUGAGUCUACAGAGAAAGUAAGGAACUACAGAAUCUUUGAAAAGGAUACAAAGUUUUACCUGGACUCAGACACCAUGUUUCUGAACCUUGGAAGUUUGAUUGAGUACUACUCCACCCAUGUCUUACCCAGCCAUGACAGCCUCACUCUCGGAUGUCCUUAUGGCUACUCUGGACCAAGGUGACACAACCUGUAUAAUUCACUGACUGAGGUAAAAGGCACUGUGGAAAGAUGGUCUCUUAGAGGAAUGGUAGUUCCUACUAGCCUAUAAAGUGAACAGAAUAGCCACGCUAUUGGGCUUGACUGGGUUUGUUCUUUGCACACAUGGAGACUGAAUCUGUUUCAACCACUUGUCCCACAGAGUACGGAUUGCAUACAGACUUCAUCUAACGUUCUCUUUGGUAAAAUUUUCCAAUCCUGAUCACUGGACUUUGUUGGGCCUUUCUCCAAAGGGCAGCUUGGCUAUGCUGUGAGAAGUGUUUGCAAGAUUCGUGCCUUUUGUAGAACUGCUGCUACUACUUUCCCAGGCAUGUGGAUGUGAAGGUGGAGGAUGGACAUGGCCACAGCAGUGUUGUGAACAAAACCAAUAGGAAUGAGGAACUUCUGAAAGUAAAGCACAAGCUAAUUGUGCUCAGGAAUACUACCUGUCUGACUCAGACAUUCACUCUUUGAGUUGAUAUUGGUGCUUGACUGAGAUUUUGUAGUAAUUUAUAAUUAAUUUGUAAAUAAGUAACUAGAAUAUUUCUGGCAAAAAUUGGAUUUUGUGUGGCCACAGGAAAUCAGAGGUGGCCCUUUCUAAGUCAGACUUUGCGAAAAAACAUCCUCUGAUCACUGUAUCUGACUCCCAGGCUGUACCACAAGUGCCUCCCCAAGGGACUGCUUAUCUUGGAUCUCAUCUCAGUUCUCUAUAAUGCUCAGUGUUAGCCACUCCGGACAGUUGUGGAAUAGUAUUGAUUUUACUCUAAGGAAAGUUCUGUUAACUAGUUCUCAGCAGGGAAAGUGAUGCCACCUUUUUUUCUUCCUGAGUGCAUGGGAAAAGAGAGAGAGAACAUGUGAACUGAAGUGGAGAAAACUCUGGAGCGUACCCCAGAUUCUCCUCAGAAGGCCCCUACAGAAGGAAGGAACAAGAAAGAUGGGCUUAAUAUUUGAAUCGCUAAUGAAUAAUUUAUAAAAUUCUAUUAAAACGCUUGGACUAAAUUAUCAAGGUCUCAGAUUCUGUAUGUGUAAAAUGCAUUGUUCUCAUUGCACCUUCUGGGAAUCUGAAAUUUAUUCUCUGCCAUUUUUUUUUUUAAAUUGGUGACUUGGUUUGGCAUCCAGUAACUUUGAGAUCAUGUGUCUCUCACUGGUUUAUAUAUUAAUUCAUUUUCUGUCAGCUAAGAACAAAAUGUGGAAUUUAAAAAAUCCCUAUCAAUACAAGGUGCUUGUAGUUCUUCUUGCCAAGUUUUUGUGUAGAAGUGUCUUACAGACAAGGUGUUAAUAGAAUCACUUUAGCAUCAUUGACUUUUUCUAGUGCAUGUUAUUAAAUGUCCUGCAUUUCACAAAUCGUAAAAGUUCUGUAAUUAUGACCUUGGAAACAAGUUUAAUCUUUCUGAACCUGAAACAGAACUAAUCCAGGUUUAUAUGGCAAGGCUUCUGAUUCCAGACUGGGGAAUGGUCUUUCUUCUUGUUGACUUUCUGCACACCGGCUUUAAUCUCUGACACUAACUUUUGCUUAUUUAAAUUAUAUACAUUGAACAAGAUGGUUACAACGUGUAAGUCUUCUAUUUAUAAAAAAAUGAAUUAAAUAUGGGGGUUUUUUUAAUUUACCAGAGUAUUACCUCUGGUGAAUUCUCCUUGAGAGAGAUGUUUGGAGCCACAAUUCCUAGCUUCAGAUUGCUGCUUUGAUGCUUUUGAACUGACUUAUCUGUAAUUAUAUUUAUCUCUGCCGUGUUUAUAAAUAUAAGUUAACACUACCCUGGAAAACCUACAGUGCUACAAGCAUUGGAUUGUGAUUUUAAUGAGCUAAACGCUUUUCUUUUCCUGUAUGGGUAUUCUCUGGAUUUUCUUCUCUGACUGUGAACGUUCAGCCAAUCAAGUGCCUGUAAAAACUAGUCAGAGUGGUUCUAUGGUGAGUGCAGAGAGCCAACCUUAGAAGAGAGAGGAUUGCCCAGAUAUCAUUUAGCUUUUUCCCCCUUCAGAGGUUAAUCAAAUUAAUUCUGCCCCCUGUAGAAAAAUAUGACUUUGCAAUAAAAGGCCAUUCACUCACACUUAGACUUGCUGUGUUGCAGGGAGCAGUGAAUUCAAAUAUAUCAUUUUGGUAGCAUUUUGUUUAGGCCCUUAUAAUGAAUAUUAUUAAUCUCAAAUCCCUUAAACUGCAAAAGUAACAUGUAAUCAAAUAUAAUAAAACAUAACACUGUCUUUGUGUAUCGUAUGAGAUUUGCAAAUAUGUAAAUAUUCAUUUUUCUAUGCCUUAAUUUCCUUGUGAUAAACCUUUGAAUGUAUAUGUCUAUGAGGUGAAUAAAUUUUAAGGCCAGUUCCUAUGAAACCUGUGCAUUAUCACUGACCUGUAAUAUACUUAAAAGGAAGAACUUGUUGUCUUGUUGGGCUAUAUUUAAAUGCACGUGCUCCUAGAAUUCUGAUUUUCAUUUUUCAACACCUUUGAGGAAUAGUGGUGUUCAUGGGAAGCUCUUUCAGAAACUUACCAUUUCAGCAAACAAAUAUGAAUUAUACACCUGCAUUCUGCAGGGAAAUGAAUCCAUAAAUAAAAGAAUAU